AUGGCCGACACCGCCCCAGCACGUGUUCCCGCUUGGAAGCGGCUCGGGCUCAAGCUCAAAUUCGCCUCAGAAACGCCAGCAGCAAAAGCUACAACUGCCAAAGUCCCAGCAGCCAGUGCAACCUCAGCUUCAACAACUACCUCUGCCACAACAUCACAGCCGCCUUCCAACGCUGCAGCCAGGACCAAUUCACAGAAGAGAGCUCGCGAGGAUAACAUUGUGCCGGAAGCUCCGGUGAAGCGUAUCAAGCCUCAAUCAUACGAACGACCCGUAUCGACAAGACCGAUAGUAGCGCCAGAACCGUACGUUCCCAAGCGAUACGGAUUUGCUGGUAUUUCUGCAGAGCCUACGGGUAAAAGAAUCGUUUUUGACGAGGAGGACGCCACGCCAAUUACUGUAGCGCCAAUUAGUAUCGAGGAGCCUGAGGAACCCGCCGCUAAGAAACAUCGACCAUCAACGCUUAGAAAAUCGGUGUCCUUUACCCCGGACACCAAGCAAAAGGACGGAGAGACUGGUCAACAAUAUUUUAAAGCCUGGGCUUCUGGUGAGGAUCCAACCGCAAUCGAUCCGUCAAUUGAGCAACAGGUAUCUCCGUCCAAGUCACCAGUGGAGAAGCCUGAGGCGCCUGUCAAGGAGUCAAAACAAAAUAAAUCAAAGAAGCCCAAGAAGUCGAAAUCAACAGCCGUCGACAGCAAGCCCACAAUAUCACCAGCUGUUGGGAACAGUACCCAGACGGAGACUACUGGAGAGAGCCCUGCGUACGUGACUUACCUCAAACAACACCACUCUGACAAGGCCAACUGGAAGUUUAAUAAAAAGAAGCAAAACGAUCUACUGAAGAAUCUCUUCAGCUUCCAGCGCUUGCCGGUAGAGUACGAUCCUGCAAUCAUUUCAUACGUAUCUGGUCUCCAGGGCGUUGCGCGUGACAGACUCGCAUCACAGGCCGAAGAAGUGCUGAAAGGUAUCUACGAGAAGGAGACCGAAGGCUCGAGCGAGACCAUGUCGCUCGGCUCUCCGGCAGCGCGGAAGGCUGCCUACUACGCUAGCCUCUUGCGCUACAUCGCGAAUUAUGAAUCUCGUGGGGCAGGUCGCGAUGAGUGGUCCGAUGAGCAGCUGCAAUCGAUUCGGGAGGAUAUACAGGCAGGAAGACGUGCGCAGUCGAUUUUGGAGAAUGCCUUAAUGAUGGACCUUCACCCUGAGCAAAUUCAAGUGGUGUCAUCAUCUUCGACCGCGACAGCAACUCCGACGCCCGAACGUGCAGACCGCAUUGACAAAACAAAGCGCCGGAAGAGGAAGACCAGGACAGCUGGUUCUGCAUCUUCGGAUGAUUCAUCGAGCAGUGAUGAUUCCWGCAGUGAUGAUUCGAGCAGCGAUAGCGAUGGAGGAGACGCCAAGAUGUCCGCACGACGACCACCCAUCUUUGGCCAGCAACUGCUCGAUAAAGCGUUUCCCAACACCAAGAAACAGCUACAGACGACUAGCGGCGAGGAUGACACGGACCAAAGCAGCAGCAGCAGCAGCGAAGACAGCGAUAGUGACAGCGAUGGCGCAAGCGGGGCUUGA